AUGCCAUUGUUUAAAAAGCCCGCGGCCAAACGCGAUGUGGCCAAAUGUGAGUUGGACUGAAAAAUGAAUAAAAUUGGGGAUGGGCGGGGUAAAAUUAUAAAAAUGUGUUUAUAUCAAAAAUAAUAAAAAAAUUUAAUAAAAAAAUUUUAAAAAAAUUUAAAUCGAAAAAAUGAAAAAAAAAUUAAUUUAAAAAAAAAUUUAAAUUGAAAAGAUGAAAAAAAAUUCUAAAAAUAUUAAAAUACGUUUUAAAAUCAAGGCUAUUAUUAAUUUUUUCUAUUUUUAGCACAACGAAUCGAAGGCAAAGCAUUUGUACGUCGUGGUGCAUUAAGACAGAAGAAUGUACAUGAAGUCAAGUAAGUUUUUAAACUGUAUUUAUCAUAGCAAAACAAACAAGUUGGAAGUCGUAUUUUACAAUGUGUUUUAAUUAGAAAUUUGAAAACUAAAAUUCAAAAAAAAGUUUAUUUUAAAAACUUUUUUAAAAAAUUUUAAAUUUAAAAAAAAUUAAAUUUAAAAAAAUUUGGACAAUUGAAGAUUUUGACCAUUUUGAAUAAUACAGUUUUGGAAAGAAUUGUCAUUUCAGAUCUCACAAAUUCAUUGCUCGGUUCUUCAAACAACCAACGUUCUGUUCACAUUGCAAAGACUUUCUCUGGGGCCUUAACAAACAAGGAUUUCAGUGUCAAAGUAAGUGAAAAAAAUUGUUGAUUGCAACGUAUUUUAAAUUCAAGUUGUACGUUCGGAAAUCUUCUAACAAAAAAAUAAAAGUUUUGGCGUUACCGCCAGAAUAAAUUUUUCUUUGCAUUCUGUUGCAAGCCUUUGAAAAGUUUCAAAACUAAUUAUAUUAUUAACCGUAUUUUACUCUUAAAAAAAACUGUUCAAUAAAAAAAUUGAAUUUUUAUUUUCCCGCGAAAGUUAAUUUUUCUUGGCAUUCUGUUACAAGCUAUAAAAAUACCUGUUUUGCUUCGAAUCUUUAAAUUUACGUGUAAAAUACGUGCCAGAAUUUAUUAGUAACUUAUUUCAAAUCAAAUUUAAAAAAUUUUAUAAUUAAUUUUAAAAAAAUGUUACAGUAUGCACACUGGUGGUCCAUAAACGAUGCCACGAGUUUGUAAAUUUCGGUUGUCCUGGUGCUGAUAAGGGAGUUGAUACGGAUGACCCACGACAACAACACAAAUGGAAGGUACAAUCGUACUCAUCGCCGACUUUCUGCGAUCAUUGUGGAUCACUUCUUUAUGGUCUCAUUCAUCAGGUAAGGGCACUUUGUAAAGAAAGUUUUUGCGGUUUUCAAUUUUUGUGAAAAACCAACUAUUUUUUGCCUAGAAGGCAACGUAUUGGCCAUUUUUAGAUAAUAAAAUAAAUUUAGUCGCACUGUGCAGUAAUUCAUUUUUUUGCACUUGCAAUAAAUUUUCUUUUUCAUGCAGAAAAACUGUUGUUGUAUUUUAGUUAAAAAAUAUUGUUAUCACCUUUAGUCUGGUCUAAUUCGAAGCUACUAAAUCGAUUUUUACUUUAAUAGCAUUAAAAAGAAUGUCAAAAUGAAUCUUUAAAAAAUGACUGCACUGUGCAAUUCAAAAAAUCCGUUGCACCGUGCAGAUAAAUUAAUUUUUUGACUUUUUUAGCUUUGUAAAUAAAGUUUAUGACAUUUUUUGUCUUGUAAAGAAAGUUUUUGUCAUUUUAAUUUUUUUAAAAACAAAAUUUUUUUGGCUUGUAAAGAAAGUUCCUGCUAUUUUUUCUAAAUUCUUCAACUUCAGGGUAUGAAAUGUCAAUGUUGUGACACAAACGUCCAUCAUCGAUGUGUGCGCUAUGUGCCAAACAUGUGUGGUACAGAUCAUACGGAGAAACGAGGUCGUAUCUACUUGGACAUCAAAGUCGAAGACGGAUUACUGUAUGUUCACGUCAAGGAGGCUCGAAAUCUGAUUCCAAUGGACCCGAAUGGUCUUUCCGAUCCGUAUGUGAAGCUGAAACUGAUUCCGGAUGAUGGGCAUGGCAAAAGCAAACAGAAGUCACGCACGUUGCGAGCCACGCUGAAUCCUGUGUGGGACGAGAAGUUUACAUAGUAAGUGGGAUAUGUGUAUAUUAAUAUAGAUACAAGUAUGUGUCUAUAUGAAAAUGGAGCUGUAUUUAGUUUAUUCAGUCGACUUAAAAGGUAAUAGUGUUGUUUUUAGGACUAAAACUACGGAUUUCUUGAAGUUCAGGAUUUUCGUUGUGGGACCUAAACUUUGAUUUUUUCAAUUUUUAUAAAAAAAUUUUUUGAAUUGUGAAAUAUUUAUUAUACUUAUUCUAAUACAAGGUAAAAAAUGGCAUUCUAAACUAAAAACAAUAGUUUAAUUAAAAACAGGGUUUUCGUGGUGGGACUCGAAAUUCUUUUUUUAAUUUAAAAAAAGGUAGUAACUUUCUUUACAAAACAUCAAAUGGCAAAAAAAUUCUUUACAAAACCAAAAAUGGCAAAAACUUUCUUUACAAAACAAAAAAUGGAAAGAACAAAAAAUGACGAAAACUUUCUUUACAACUGUAUUUUUACAGCAAACUAGAAGUAACGGACAAAGACCGUCGCCUAUCAGUAGAAGUCUGGGAUUGGGAUCGAACCUCUCGCAACGAUUUCAUGGGUUCGUUAUCAUUUGGCAUCUCCGAGCUAAUCAAAGAGCCAACCCAAGGCUGGUUUAAGCUAUUAAACGAUGAAGAAGGCGAGUACUACAACAUUCGAAUACCUCCGGAAGACGAAGAUGAGGUCGAGAGUUUGAGGAAGAAGAUGUUGGAAUUGAAUUCGACUCAGAAAAGUCAACGACAAAAGAGUAGUGCGUCGCUGAUUAACAAAGAUACGGGGGUGUUUAAUAAGGAUGUGGUCAAAGCAUCGGACUUUAACUUCUUGACCGUUCUGGGCAAGGGAUCGUUUGGAAAGGCAAGUUUUAUAUUGAAAUGAAAGACUUUAUUUACAAAACAAAAAACGGCAAUAACUUUCUUUACGAAAUGUAAAAUGGCAAAAACUGUCUUUACAAGGCAAAAAAUAGCAGAUACUUUCUUUACAAAAAAUAAAAUGGCAAGAAUUUUCUUUACAAAACAAAAAAUGACACGAAGUUUCUUUACAACUCAUAAAAUGGCAAAAACUUCAGCAUACCAAAAAACCAUCAAAAAUAUCAUUUAAAAACAAUCGUGGUGGGACCCAAACCUUAAAAGUCAUUUUCAUUUUUUCAGGUUCUUCUUGGCGAACAUAAGCAAAGCAAAGAGCUUUUUGCCAUCAAAAUCCUAAAGAAAGACGUUAUUAUACAGGACGAUGAUGUUGAAUGCACAAUGACAGAGAAACGAGUAUUAGCACUGCCUGAAAAGCCGCCAUUCUUGGUGACAUUACACUCGUGUUUCCAGACCAUGGAUCGUUUAUAUUUUGUGAUGGAGUUUGUUAACGGUGGUGACUUGAUGUACCAGAUUCAACAGGUCGGAAAGUUCAAGGAACCCGUCGCUGUGUAGGUUUACUUUAGCCCCUAAAUAGCCUUAUUUACCCCUAAAAUAGCACCUUUGUUACCUAAAAAUCAACUUUUUUAAUAAACAAUCAAAAGGAAAUAAUGACCCUUCGUAUUUUACAUUCUUUUAGAUUCUACGCGGCCGAAAUCGCCGUAGGCUUAUUCUUCCUCCACUCCAAAGGCAUUAUUUACCGUGACUUAAAGCUGGAUAAUGUAAUGUUGGAAAGAGAUGGUCAUAUCAAAAUCACCGACUUUGGAAUGUGUAAAGAGGGAAUUGUAGAUGGAAAUACGACCAAAACCUUCUGUGGUACUCCUGAUUAUAUUGCGCCUGAGGUAAAAUACGAAAUACUUUGCGAACUGCACUGUGCAGUCAUAUUUAAAAAAUUCAUUGUGCCAUUAUAUUUAAACCUAUCAACUUGAAAAGAGUUUCAGUAGCUUUUUGAUAGUACUUACUAAAGGUUAUGACAAUCUUUGUUACCUAAAAGACGACACAUGGCGAGCAGUGGAAAAAACAAAAUUUGUUGCACAGUGCAAAAAAUUAAAUUGUUGCACGGUGCAAAAAUUAUGUGACUGCACAGUGUAAUAAACAUGCAAAUACUGCAAAGUACGAUGAAAAUUGUGAUUUUUAACCCACCUUUUCCAGAUCAUUCUCUACCAACCAUAUGGAAAAUCAGUGGACUGGUGGGCAUACGGAGUAUUACUAUUCGAAAUGCUGGCUGGUCAACCUCCAUUCGAUGGUGAAGAUGAAGACGAACUUUUCACAGCCAUUACCGAACACAACGUGUCUUACCCUAAAUCAAUGUCAAAAGAAUCAGUGUUAAUUUGCAAAGGAUUCUUACAAAAAGCUCCAUCAAAACGAUUGGGAUGCUCGGCUCAGGGCCAGAGGGAUAUUAUGGUAGGUGGGCGGGGUAAAAUGCGAGUAGGGAAUGGGGUAUUUUAUCCGCCGAUUGUGAUAAACUUUAUUGAAACUAGGUGGGCGGAUAAAAGUUUACGGUGGGUGACGGGCGGGGUGAAUUUCUUAAGCGGGCGGGUUAAAUUUUGUAGUAAAUGAAAUUGAAAAAAAUUUUUAAUAAUUUAGAUUGUAAAAUCAACUUUUUUUAAAUUUUAAAAUAUAAUUUUAGGAACACCCCUUCUUCCGUCGAAUCGACUGGUUGAAAAUCGAAAACCGACAGGUUCAACCUCCAUUCAAGCCAAAAAUCGUAAGUUUUUAAAGUUUUUAUUUCGUACAAAGGUGUACAUCGUAUUUUAGUUAUUGUACACUAACUUAAUUAAUAAUGGCCAACUAGCGGCCAGGCCUAGCCCCUUUACAGAUCUAACCUUGCCUUUUAUUUUUUGCACCGUGCAGACAAUUUUAUAGUCAUUGCACAGUGCAAAAUAUUUUUAUAGCCCUUGCACUGUGCAGUAUUGAAAUUAAGGUUUAAAUACCUUGAUUAAUGCAAUUUAUUUCACUUGGGUUUUUUGUCGUAUAGUAGUAUUUGUAUUUUAUAUUGUGAAGUAUUACCCAUUUUUCAACAUUUUUCGUAUUUUUUCAAUAUUUUUCGUAUCGUACUGUAAAUAGAUGUUGUAUGGUGCCAUUUUUAGAGCGAGCCCCAAUCCACCGAGAACUUUGACACUCAGUUUUUGAAAUUGCCGUUGAAAUUGACCCCUCCCGAGUGGGAUGUUUUGGAGAAUUUGAAAGGAGACGAGUUCAGUGACUUUAACUACACCAAUCCAGCCUAUCACGAAGAAGCGGCUCCAGUCGAAAUCGAAAUCACUGGAAACAACUUUUUGGCCAGAGAAGGCUGUGAUCUUUAA